UCACUAGAUGAAAGUUUGUUGACAACCGUAGAGGAAUUAGUACAGCCUUAGUGCGCAGUAGCAUUACUUGAAGUAUAUUAGUACAGCAUUAGUACAUUACCAGAGUUGGAGCCUCUUCUGUCUACACUUUGAUCUGUUCUCGAAUGGACAUUGGAAAUAGGUGAAGAUAAUUCUCUGGUGUUAGUAGUCGUUCCCUUGUGAAGUUUAGAGAACUUCUUGACUUUAGAAUGGACGUCGCAGAAAUGCGAGCGCACCGCCGAGUAUGGUCGUGGAUACAGCGUUGGAAAGACAGCGAGUGCGCUAGCGGCGGCGAAGAUGCGAGCGACGACAACGAAGACGAGGGGUCGUUAGAGGACGAGAGUCUCGCCUCGUCCUCGUCUGGCGCCGCUAAGAAGCACGUCAACAAGGGCCGGUGGACUAAGCAAGAAGACGAGAAACUGAAGUGUGUAGUUGAGGCUGAAGGCGAGAACUGGGAAGCCAUCUCUUCACACUUCCCUGACCGCACGGAGCUGCAGUGCCAGCAGCGAUGGCAGAAAGUCGUCAACCCAGAGCUCGUCAAGGGGCCCUGGACCAAAGAGGAGGACGAGAUGGUGGUGGCACUGGUGGAGAAGUACGGCGCCAAACGGUGGACGCUGAUCGCCAAGCAGCUCAAGGGCCGCAUUGGUAAGCAGUGCAGGGAGCGCUGGCAUAACCACCUCAACCCCAACAUCAUCAAGACUGCCUGGACCGCUGAGGAGGAUGCCGUUAUAUACCAGGCACACAAGCAGUGGGGCAACCAGUGGGCUAAAAUUGCCAAGCUCAUCCCGGGAAGAACGGACAACGCCAUCAAGAAUCACUGGAACUCGACGAUGCGCCGCAAAUACGAAGCUGAGAUGCUGGCCGGCACGCGGCCUCAGGCGGCCAAGCGCACGGCGGGGAUGGUGCGUGUUGGAGGACCUGUUACUGCAGGAGCCGUUGCUCAGCCGCUCUCUAGUGGUGAGAGUAUCCUGGGUCUGCCACACAUGAGUCCCCUCUUGCCGUCCCCAAGCUCCGCUCCACAAGCAGACUACGGCAGCAUGGCGCUGCAUUCUUCCCCUUAUUGUGGGGAAAUAAUCCCUGCUUCUGGUCCCGCUUUCAACCACAUCAGAGAAUAUUCGCAAGAAAUGUCCGGCAGUCCGCACUAUCCCUCGUAUGUGAACUCCACUCUACCGCCCUCAUCUACGCCGUCGCCUCUGGUGCCAUGCAGCAGCUCAUCUCCGUACAGCCAGGACGGAUUUGCUGCGCAGGCAUACAUGGAACAGAAUAGUGGAUACAACAAUAGAUUCUUAUCUCAUCCUGACGAGCGGCAGCAGCACAUCACUCAACAAACUUACUCGGGCAAUGGAGUCACCAUUGCUGCUCCUGCUGAGCAUGAAAGUCAGACUUCUGCACAGCCGCUUCCUGCAUUUGAUAGCAGACAGUCUCUUGAUCCUGUUAUCACUCCUCCACACAGCGGCACUUCCCCACCAUUGCCUUGCAGUUCUCAGUUUUCCCCUGCGACAAUCCCCCAACUAACACCUGGGGAAGACACCCAAGUUACUUCUCAUUCACACAUGCCUUACACUGUCGGUGACAUCAUAAGGUCCACGCAGUGUGUGACCGGUGUGACGAGUACACUCAGUUUUAUGGACAACGCGAGCAAUUCUCACGUUGACGUGUGCCCACCCAACAGAUAUCUUGAUGAUACACAGGAUUUUGUUGGCCACGAUGGAAAUAUUGGAGCUAAAAUUGAUUCUCAAACACGUAAUUCUGAAAUACCUACGUCUGAAGGUGAUAUGAAGAAUCUUAUACGCCAACGUAUGUUUCAACAUGAACACCAGCAGCAAGUUUUACGGCGAGAGCAGCAGUUGCAUCUGCAACAGCAGUACACUGAUCUUGUAAAGGCGCAAAUGCAGCAGGAGAGGGAGCCCUAUUCUUCAGCCCACGCUUUAACAGGAAGUCAGCCCCAAAAUCACUUUGAAGCGCGAUCGCUGUUAAGAAAUGAACUGGGUAUCAGUCCUUCGCUAUCUGCCAGUAAUGAAGGAAAAACUAUUGAUUCUUCUAAUGCCACGACCAAUGUAAAACUAGAGAACACAGAAGAUUUUCACGACGUUCCGGACGGUUCUAGUAAUUAUAACAGCCAACCCUCUAACGGUGAAAAUGAUAAUAAUCAAGUUUCUGGUCACAUCCAACCUGAUGGGAAACUGGAACUGAACAAAGAUUUCAACUCACCCGAACAUAUAAUUUACAAGGUUGAAGACAUCCCGGACUGUAAAGUGUCAUGCAACCACAUUGAAAAUCAGCAGUGUGCAGAGGAAAUGCCUAACCAAAAGGUCAUAGUGAGCCACAGAGAAACGCAGCAGUAUUCGACUGCAGGAGCUGAAAAUCUGGCUUUUGUGCCCUCGUUGGAGAUGCCUGCUCACAGUAAAAUGCUUGCUCCUGAUAAUCAGCGCAAACAAAGUAACCACGGGUCUUCAGCCAGCGUCUCGCCUAUACUAGAUAGUGCAUUCUUGCUCACCCCUGAAAAGCACGCUCUGGAUAUAGACUUCCUAUCAUCAUUCAGGGACUUGAACGAGCUGAGGAAUUUCUCUCCCUUGCGAAGUAACAACCUGGAUUUCCUCGGCUCUGGCGCCUUCGAGCUUCUCACUUUUUCGCCUGUUAAAAUAAAAACUGAAGUGUGUGAAUCUCCAUCUAUUUCGACGUGCUCUUCCCUGCCAAAGCCAAACAUAAGGUCCUUGGCUUCUACUAGCUCUAUCUCGGGUGAAAGCAGAUAUAAAAUCGCGGACGAAAAUGCUAUGCUUCGUUGCUCGGAUUCUGUUACUGCUGCGUCCACUAAAAGCUCAAUCAGCAUUGCUCCGACUUUAUCCUUGAAUCAGUCUUUGAAUAAAAGCCUCCUGAACUCUUCUUACACUUCCCUCAAUUCAUCGAGACUUUCUACUCCGCCCAUCUUGAGGCGUAACCGCCGAAAACAACCUACACCAACCAAGCGCAUUCUCCAAUCAAUCUCAAUCAUGGAUUCUUCUAAUUCUCAGGAGGAUUCAUUACUGACAACCCCCAUCAAAAUGACGCCUAUGAGGCCGACACUGACCAACAGUCCACUGCAUAUCCUGAGUUCUCCUCACCUGAACUUCGAACAAAUAAUCUCAACUCCCCAUUUUUCUCCCGUGGUCUUCCCUCCCGUGUCUCAAAGUACACCAGUGCAGUUGCCUCAUCCACAUCCGUCUAUCCCUCCACACCUACUAACGGGACUCCAUUUCACGGGGGGCUUCUCCCACAGAACACCCAAGUCUCGACGAGCUUUAAUUCAACCAGCGCCCAAGACUCCAACUCCUCUUAAAAACGCACUCAAGGAAAUCGAGAAGAAAAGUGGCCCCCUGAAACCACUCCCCCAGACCCCGACUCGUUUUGAAGAUCUCGCUGAGAUCAUAAGACAAGACACUGAAUACUCGCUGAAGCAUGAGACUCCCGUCACUCACUCGGAACAUCAGUCAAGCCUAAUAGACAGCGGGAUAGGAUCCUUGAAGCGUUCCAUCGCCACUGCCGGCAUCACUCACGGAAAGGAGAAUUCGCCUCACAAGAAAGCCAGAAAAGCUUUGGCGCUUUCGUGGAGUAAUCUUCACAGCGGCAAUCCGCCUCUUGCUGCUACUAAUUUCAACACAAAUUCCCAUGUCGGCUCAGCUGAUCAACUAAAUGAUGGAUCCACAUCAGCUACUCAUCACCACCCUCCAUCCACUUCCUCCCACUCCCAUUUCACGCAGAGUAAUUUUUUGACAAGCCUCAUGGGAGCUUCCAAUUCUGCCAGAGGCUCCAUGUUUAUCAAAGACUCGCAAGCUACGCACGGACUUGCAAAAAGUUUGACCCCCAGUCUCAACACCAGUGGCUACUCCUUCAGAAUGGGUUCUCUGUCGCCCGAAACACCCUCUAAAUCCCUCCUGGGCGACUCCUCUUUGGUGUUUUCCCCGCCUCUGCUGCGAGACACGCUCUACCAGGAGGAAAUGGUAGCAGCUGCUGUGCAGCCACAGACUGUUCUACUUGAUCGCACCAAGCUUGACAAGCCUGCAACAUCAGCAACCAAGGACAGGCUUGCUUGUGUCAAGAAAAUUUAUUUUGGUGAGACGCCUCCUGAACCUCGACGUGCGCUCAAAGCUCCACAGUUGGACGUUCGAUGGGAGAUGGUGGCAUGUGGUCGAACUGAGAACCAACGGCGCCUGACUGAGCAGGCGCGUCAAAUCGUCGGCCAAGGAACCGCCAGCUCAGCUACGCCUCAGCAUAAAGAGCAAACUUCAUCACUGGCGACGCAGAGACCACAUUGUCCUGAAGAGACGAUACUACAGUCCACGUCUCAUUAUAGUGCAUUGCAGACGCGAUACUGACUUCGAAAACUGAAUUGUAUUUUUUAUAAAGAGAAUACCUUACUUAAGGUCUUGCUAGAUUCACAGAAUCUACUAGCAAGUUGAACCGGCGUGGCUUCUGUUGUAGAACGCUGGUUGUUGAGGAAAAAUGUUGAACGGUAUGCUGAAUGCCUAACGUUACAAAUGCACAACACACGGAGAAAAUAAAAGAUGAGGAGAUACCAACCUUACAAGGUGGCUUCAUGCAAACCGUCAUUGCUAGAAUACAUUCAAAAACGCAAGUUGAAAUUUUCUCGUUUAAGUGCUUUAGAAAUUAUCUUUUAUCAGAGGAAUAUUUUUCGCAUGGAUUCGUUUUUUUUUUCUUGAAGUGGAGUUGUUGUGUCUGUAUGUUACCAAAAAUAGAUUAUUUGCAUCUGUGAAGAAUUGAGCAUAAUUGAUACAUUUAGACGUUUUAUGUGACUGACGAACUGCAAAGCAACGAAUAUCUCAAGUCUGAAAAGAUUUCGAAAAGGAGCAUUCAGUGUUCCAAAACCAAUGUCUGAGCUUGCUUCCGAGAAGGCAUUUUUUUAAACAGAAUCGUUUAUAACUAGCGUUUCUAAUUCGUCAAUUCGUUGGAAAUUAUGAAACCUUUACAUUCUCUCUUCCUGACUCACUGGAAUGCAGCGCGGUCCAACGGGAAAAUUUAGCGGUCCAGAUCUAUUGUACUCUUCCGCUCGUGAUUUCUAUGUUAAAACAUUUCAAGAGGAAAGUUUUUAUUAUUUUCUUCUGACCAGUCACAUUCUGACUCCAGUGAACAUAUUUGAUCCCGGUACCAUAUCUUGAAACAGUGCAGACAUGUUCAUGAUCGGUGCAUUUUUCUACAAUAAAUUGUUUCAAUUGCUUAAAGUUGCUCGCAGCUUCUCGAAGAGAUGCUGUCAUUCUCAUGAAAGAAAUAAUUAUAAGUAAUUACUUUCAUUGCUAUUCUAAUAAUUUAGUGUGCUGUUUUAACGCCCGCUUCAGCAGAUUUUUUAAGAAAAAUUUACGGUGCAAAUUACAUUUCUUACCAUUUCGUCCCUCAUCUUCGUGGCAUUUGUUUCCAUCUGCUGAAGCGGUCAGUGAAUUAUUAAUCAUAAUCCCUGAUUUAUUUUAGUGAAAACUCGUAAUGUAACAAUCCCUCAGUCCGAUAUUUUAAUUGCUUACUUCACACUUCCUUUAGAAUAACGGCAAGGUAUGAUUUGAAGAAUCAGAUCUUUAUGUAUAAUCUUUGGUGGUCAAUUUUGUUAUUACUAUAGAUAAACAGUACGGUUAGUCGGUUACUGCUCCUAACGCUGAAUUCAUGUUUAAUUUCUAUAAUUGAUUCUUAAAAUGGGAUAUGUACAUAAUACGAACAUGAGGCAGUGAUUAGACAGCGAGGAUAAAAUUUUAGUUUGAAUUCAAUUCGAACGCCAUUGUAAACAUUUAUAAAUACGUAUUUAUAUACAUUUACAUAUAUUGCAACGACUUUUAAGGAACGUUGCAGUGCAUUUGUUGGCAUAAUUUAGGUCAGGUACUAAAAACUUUUGUGCGCUAUGUUGAUAGUUAUUGCACUAGUUAGGUUUAGCCGUUAAGCGUCAUCUUCAUUUAUUCUAGCCUUAAGACCUAUUGAACCAAAGGAAAUCGUUAGAUAAAUUACGAUCAUUGAUUAUAUCCGUAUAGUAAUGUGAACGGAUUUUGA